AUGCCGGCGGAGAAGCGCGUCAAGUACAUUCUGGUGACGGGAGGAGUCAUCUCUGGCGUCGGCAAAGGCAUCAUCUCGUCGAGUUUGGGAGUUUUGCUCAAAAACAACGGAUAUAAGGUCACAGCCAUAAAAAUCGACCCUUAUCUCAAUAUUGAUGCUGGAACCUUCUCUCCAUACGAACACGGAGAAGUUUUCGUUCUCGACGAUGGAGGUGAAGUUGACUUGGAUUUGGGAAAUUACGAACGAUUUUUGGAUAUUCGUCUCACAAGGGAUAACAAUAUCACAACCGGAAAAAUGUUCAAACACGUGAUGGAAAAAGAGAGACGAGGAGAUUACUGUGGAAAAACAGUUCAAAUGAUUCCUCAUUUGACUGAUGCUAUUGUUGAUUGGGUUGAACGUGUCGCAAAGAUUCCAGUUGAUGGAACAAAUGAGCAGCCGGAUGUAUGUAUCAUCGAAUUGGGCGGAACUAUUGGGGACAUUGAAGGAAUGACUUAUCUCUCGGCAUUCGAACGAUUCCAACGCCCAACACUUAAAAAUCAUUUGAUGAACGUUCAUGUUUCAUUAAUAUUGCACCCAAAUGCAACUGGAGAGCCAAAAACCAAACCGAUGCAAAAUUCUGUCCGCCAUUUACGUGCUGCUGGUCUUGUACCGGAUUUGUUGAUCUGUCGUUCGACGGAGAAGUUGGAUCCACAUUUGAGAGAGAAGAUCUCAAGAUUUGGUAUGAUGGAUUUGGAACAAGUUGUUGGAGUUCAUGAUGUUUCAAAUAUAUACAAAGUUCCGUUGCUUUUGCAAGAUCAAGGAGUUCUUGAAGCAAUAAAACACCGUCUUUGUCUUACUGAAGUUUGCGAAGACUUGAAGAAGGAUUUGAAAUUCAACAUGACGCACUGGUCACAUCUUUCUGAUCUUUGCGAUGCCUUCCAACAAGUCGUGAACAUUGCUUUGGUCGGAAAAUACGUUAAAAUCGCCGAUGCCUAUGCAUCAGUCAACAAAGCGUUGUCUCAUGCUGCCAUACACGCCAAGAGAAAGCUGAAGAUCACUUAUGUUGAUUCUGAGCUUCUCGAGAAUAAGCCAGGAUUCGAAGAACAAUCCGCAGCGGCAUGGAACAUGGUCAAGGCUGCUGAUGGAAUCAUCGUUCCGGGUGGAUUCGAUAUUCGUGGUGUGGAAGGAAUGAUUAAAGCCGCUGAGUAUUGCCGAAAGAACAAUGUUCCAUAUUUGGGAGUAUGCCUCGGAAUGCAAGUGGCGGCUGUCGAGUUUGCUAGAAACGUUCUUGGUAUCAAAGGAGCCAAUUCAACGGAAUUCAACUCUGAAUUGCACGAGGAUCAACAAAUCGUGAUCGACAUGCCAGAGCACAACGUUGAAGAGAAUGGAUUGGGUGGAACUAUGCGUCUUGGUAGACGUUCAACUGUUUUUCUUACUGAUGAUUGCAUUCUUCAUCGUCUCUAUGGAGCUCACACCGUGGAAGAACGCCAUCGUCAUCGUUACGAGGUGAAUCCACGUGUCGUUCCACAAAUGGCUCGUAAGGGAUUCUUGUUCGUUGGAAUGGGUGUUGAUGAGCAGAAUACGGACAUUUGGAAUAUAAAGAAGAGGACAGACAGCUCCGCUGAAUUGAUGCAGAUGGCUGAUCAAGCUGAGAUCGAUUUAUUGCAUAAGAUUGACGAUUUGUGUCAAAGAGGAGGGGACGGGGUCACUCGGCCAGCCGUUCGAAUGGAAAUGUUCGAAAUGAAGGAUCACCCAUACUUCGUUGGUGCUCAAUUUCAUCCAGAAUAUCUUUCUCAUCCACUCACUCCAUCUCCACCAUUCUUUGGUCUUCUUCUCGCCGCUACUGGUCAACUCACCUCUUAUUUCUCUGGGUCUAGAAGUCCUGCUCUUCAAGUUGUUGCAGAGGAGGGAUCCCUUCUUGAUGGACUUCAGAAGUCGUCUUCAUCGACAUCUGGAGAUCUUGUUGGAGAAAUGCUGGACAAGUUGAAAAUUAACGGAAAUGCGACUCCAGGAACUCAAAGACUCGCCUCUUUCCACUAA